GUUGCGAGCGAGAGGUGCGGCGGGGACAGCGGUCGACUCUGGCAGUGACUGUGGCGGCAGCGAUCGCCCUGCUGUGAGAGGCUAUGGGAGCGCGUGCAUCCUCUGGGUACCCAGCGUGCGGCGGCUCGGAGCGCCCUGCCCCGCUGCUGUAGGGAGAGGCCGUGGAGCAGUCACUCGCUGAAGACCCCCGGGACCCACUGGUCUUGGCCCGUAGCUCGCCGUGCCUCCCCCGGGCUCCCGGGGCUCGGAAGAGCAGCCGUACUCCGGAGCGGGGCUAGCAGCAUGGGGACAGCCGCCGCCGCAGGAGAAGGCGCUGGACGGGCGCUCCGGUGGCUCCCUUGGCUGGGGCUCUGCUUCUGGGCGGCGGGGGCUGCGGCUGCGGCUGCCCGAGGAACCGACAAUGGUGAAGCCCUCCCUGAAUCCAUCCCAUCAGCUCCUGGGACACUGCCUCACUUCAUAGAGGAGCCAGACGAUGCUUAUAUCAUCAAGAGCAACCCCAUCGCACUGAGGUGCAAAGCUAGGCCAGCCAUGCAGAUAUUCUUCAAAUGCAAUGGCGAGUGGGUCCAUCAAAAUGAGCAUGUCUCUGAGGAGAGUCUGGACGAGAGUUCAGGCUUGAAGGUCCGGGAGGUGUUUAUCAAUGUCACCAGGCAACAGGUGGAGGACUUCCACGGGCCCGAGGACUACUGGUGCCAGUGUGUGGCUUGGAGUCAUCUGGGGACCUCCAAGAGCAGGAAGGCCUCCGUGCGCAUAGCCUAUUUACGGAAGAACUUUGAGCAAGAUCCUCAGGGAAGAGAGGUUCCCAUUGAAGGCAUGAUCGUGCUGCACUGCCGUCCGCCCGAGGGCGUUCCUGCUGCCGAGGUAGAGUGGCUGAAAAAUGAGGAGCCCAUUGACUCUGAACAAGAUGAGAACAUUGACACCAGGGCGGACCACAAUCUCAUCAUCAGGCAGGCGCGGCUCUCGGACUCCGGAAAUUACACCUGCAUGGCAGCCAACAUUGUGGCCAAGAGGAGGAGCCUGUCGGCCACAGUGGUGGUUUACGUGAAUGGAGGCUGGUCUUCCUGGACAGAGUGGUCAGCCUGCAAUGUUCGCUGUGGUAGAGGAUGGCAGAAACGUUCCCGGACCUGCACCAACCCAGCUCCUCUCAAUGGUGGGGCCUUUUGUGAGGGCAUGUCAGUGCAGAAAAUAACCUGCACUUCUCUCUGUCCCGUGGAUGGGAGCUGGGAAGUGUGGAGCGAGUGGUCGGUCUGCAGUCCUGAGUGUGAGCAUUUGCGAAUCCGAGAAUGCACUGCUCCGCCCCCAAGAAACGGGGGCAAGUUCUGCGAAGGUCUAAGCCAAGAGUCCGAGAACUGCACAGACGGCCUCUGCAUCCUAGAUAAAAAACCUCUUCAUGAAAUAAAACCCCAAAGCAUGGAGAAUGCCAGCGACAUUGCUCUGUACUCGGGCCUGGGCGCUGCAGUGGUCGCUGUUGCGGUCCUGGUCAUUGGCGUCACCCUCUACAGACGGAGCCAGAGUGACUAUGGCGUGGACGUCAUCGACUCUUCUGCAUUGACAGGUGGCUUCCAGACCUUCAACUUCAAAACAGUCCGUCAAGCAGGUAACUCCCUGCUCCUGAAUUCCUCCCUGCAACCUGACCUCACUGUGAGCCGAACGUACAGUGGGCCCAUCUGUCUCCAGGACCCCCUGGACAAGGAGCUCAUGACGGAGUCCUCACUCUUUAACCCUCUGUCAGACAUCAAAGUGAAAGUUCAGAGCUCAUUCAUGGUUUCCCUGGGAGUGUCUGAGAGAGCUGAGUACCAUGGCAAGAAUCAUUCCGGGACUUUUCCCCAUGGAAACAACCGCGGCUUCACUGCAGUGCAUCCCAGAAACAAAACACCCUACAUCCAGAAUCUGUCAUCACUUCCUACAAGGACGGAACUGCGGACCACUGGUGUCUUUGGCCACUUAGGAGGACGCUUAGUCAUGCCAAAUACAGGAGUGAGUUUACUCAUCCCCCAUGGCGCCAUCCCAGAGGAGAAUUCUUGGGAGAUUUACAUGUCCAUCAACCAAGGUGAACCCAGCCUCCAGUCGGAUGGAUCUGAGGUGCUCCUGAGUCCGGAAGUCACCUGCGGUCCCCCAGACAUGAUUGUCACCACUCCUUUUGCCCUGACCAUACCCCACUGUGCAGACGUCAGUUCUGAGCACUGGAAUAUCCAUUUAAAGAAGAGGACCCAGCAGGGCAAGUGGGAGGAAGUAAUGUCAGUGGAGGAUGAAUCCACGUCCUGUUACUGCCUCUUGGACCCCUUUGCAUGUCACGUGCUCUUAGACAGCUUCGGGACAUACGCCCUUACUGGAGAACCAAUCACAGACUGCGCCGUGAAGCAGCUCAAGGUGGCCGUCUUUGGCUGCAUGUCCUGUAACUCUCUGGACUACAACUUGAGGGUCUACUGCGUGGACAACACCCCUUGUGCAUUUCAGGAAGUGGUUUCAGAUGAAAAGCAUCACGGUGGGCAGCUACUGGAAGAACCCAAGUUGCUGCAUUUCAAAGGGAACACCUUCAGUCUUCAGAUCUCUGUCCUCGAUAUCCCCCCGUUCCUCUGGAGAAUUAAACCAUUCACUGCAUGCCAGGAAGUCCCAUUCUCCCGCGUGUGGAGCAGUAACCGGCAGCCCCUGCACUGUGCCUUCUCCCUGGAGCGCUACACGCCCACCACCACCCAGCUGUCCUGCAAAAUCUGCAUCCGGCAGCUCAAAGGCCACGAGCAGAUCCUCCAAGUGCAGACAUCCAUCUUAGAGAAUGAAAGAGAAACCAUCACUUUCUUUGCACAAGAGGACAGCACUUUCCCUGCACAGACUGGCCCCAAAGCCUUCAAAAUUCCCUACUCCAUCAGACAGCGGAUUUGUGCCACAUUUGAUACCCCCAAUGCCAAAGGCAAGGACUGGCAGAUGUUAGCACAGAAGAACAGCAUCAACAGGAAUUUAUCUUACUUUGCUACCCAAAGUAGCCCAUCUGCUGUCAUCUUGAACCUGUGGGAAGCUCGUCAUCAGCACGACGGUGACCUUGACUCCCUGGCCUGUGCCCUUGAAGAGAUCGGGAGGACACACACGAAACUCUCAAACAUCACAGAACCCCAGCUCGAGGAAGCCGACUUCAGCUACAGCAGGCAAAACGGACUCUAGUCCACCUCCCCCCGGGAGACGGAGCGACGGCCAGCUUUGGGACGUUGGCUUUGCACGGGAAGGAAAGAGGCAGCUUUCUGCCCGGCAGCACUUGGGGAAUUCAGCCUUCACUUACAAUCAGUGAGCACCCGUGAUGGAAGCAACUGAGUUUUAUAUUGGUAAAAUAUGUUGACAGGGAAAAAAAGUACAGGUUCUCUUAAAUAUAAGGGGGGGUCCACUGUGUCCUCUGAAUCCACACUCGGGUUAACACUUGAUGAACUUCUCAGAUUGGAGUGACAAGGAUAAAAGUGAGGGCCUAUCUAGGCAGAAGGAACUGUGGGGGAAGAUGAGCUGCAGCAGAGCUGGGGAGGCAGAGAUGGAGUAAGUGCACGUUUUAAAACAGGUUUUCAACGAUGUGCCCCAAAGGGCCAGCUGAUUCUGGCACUAGGUUGUCAGAGUUUUCUGCCAACCGGCAUCUGUGAUGUCGGCGAUCAUUGUAAACUGGCCUUUAGAAGUGAAACUGGGUUGCCAGCCCAUUUGUAGGACUUUGACACCGUCGAGGAGGGCGUUUAGUAUUUAGCAUCCGAGUGCACCACAGCAGCACCACUUCCCUGUCCGUCCUAGCCACUGAAUGGGAACAAGACCGAGAGGUAAGACAGGUCACAACCUAGUUCUUGCAGCAUACCCCACCUUCAUUUCUGCAAGGACAAAUCUGUCCACGUUCUUUCUUCCCUUUCCUUACCCACUGCAGUAGGGGAGAGAUUUCAAGGAGCAUCGACUUUUCAACAUGGAAAUGUAUUUUUUCCUAACUCAACAAAGCAGGGCCAUCGCUAGUCCCAGUUAAGCCACCCAAAUUGCAAAACCUACUAGAACACAGCUUAUUACAUAGAUUUGGAGACAAGAGACGUCAAAUCAGGUCCAAGGAGACAUUGAACUGCAGAUGCCACAGGCCUCAAAUAAGCUGAAAUCCUAGGACGCACGUGUUGAUUUCAUUCCCCAGCACUGUCGCUGUGAAGGGAUGAGGGGCUUUCCUGUCCUUCACAACCUCCAUUCUCGAAUUUUCUGGCCUUCUGGUACUAUGUUAUCUCACAGUCUCUCUGGAGGGCUACAGGUGAGCCUCCUUUUGCCCCUUGGGAAGUUAGCAGACGGUCUUUGCUGUAAAUGGUAUCCGAGAACACAGGCCUGGGAAAUACCUCUACCAGCGUGUCCCAGAAACCACAUGCAUUGUUCAGGGAGCCUUCAAGCUCUGGUAACUCACCUUCACCAAGUAUGCUUCCUUUACAGGACCGUUAACAAGACCAUUAAUAUACGGCUUUAUGUUUUAAAUGAGAGGCAGUGAUAUUGUGGAGACUGAAAACCACAGGUAAUACGUGACCCCCAUCUUAACAUUUUACCCCGUCUUUUGUCACAUUUAAUCUCUUUUGACAAGAUGUCCUAGUAGACUAAAGAUGAACAGGUUUCCUCCAGCUCAUCUUCAAAAUUAGCUGUCCAGCACUGGGACAACCAAAGUCAAGGACCUAGAUGAACCACAGGGCUGCUCAGCGACGUAGAGGUUGGCCACGUGAGAAAAAAAAUCAUCAGGGAAUGGGGGAGGUGGGGAGUGCUUGGCAGUAGGGAUAUGAUCAAUUUUUUAGACAAUGUUUUUGUAGAUCCCAUGUUUUAAAAAAUGUGAAUCUCCACCUAAGUAAAAAAGAUUUCAUUUAUGAUACCAUGGGUAAGGCAUUGCAGAGCUCACUCUUGAAUGUGUUGGUCAUUUUCUCUAACGAAUGUGUGGUAUGUAUGGUCCUCUGUAUUUGAUAGAAGGCUUUGCUACAUCAAAUUCAAAAGCAUCCGCUUUUCUCAGGAACCAAAGGCAUCGUGUGUAAGACAAACGAAUCCUCUUAGAACUGUUGAGCAUACUUUCAAAAUACCGUAUCCAGAUCAGGAAAACACCCUUUUGCUCCUGUACUCAAUUUGUUUAUUCCUUCUAGGGAGCAAAGAGAGAAAGCAGGGAAGUCAUUUGUUUUCCCUGACAUAACCUCUGAGAUAGAAGAGGAAGUAGAUGGUCAGUCACCCAAAACCAUCCAGAGGGGUGUUGGGGGCGGGUGUUAUGCAAGGAAAAGAGCUGCGUUGACUGUUGAAUAAGAACUUGGAAAAACACGGUGUAGAGCUUAGUAGCCAUCUUGGAGGAUUUUUGUUUUCAACCAUCCUACUGCCCUUUUUCCCUCUUCCCUUCUAAUUGGCCUUAUAAUUGUUUCAUCUAUUCUGUGAAUCCUCACGGAUCUUUUUUAGAUUUUUGAUAUAUUUUUUAUAUUUUAAAACAGAUGAAAAAUGUUAAUGUUUUCCCUGGACUCUAUCUAGAUUAUUUUAAGAUAGGAAUUUAUUAUCAAUCCCUGAAUGUCUAGAAUUUCUUCCCAUGGACUUUUUUUUUUCUUUUUUUAGCCUGGGUUUUAUAAAUACACUUGAUCAUCCUAUCAUAUUGAGGGAUAAAGAAAGCAAAUGAACAUGAUUCAUCUCGGAUUUCAGCCCAAGGUUCAAGUCCAUCUUUCACUCCAUUUUGUUCCCUCCUUACAUUUCUCUCUGACUUAUUUCUGCUAGGGUCCUACAUAGGAUUUCUGCAGGUUUUCUCCAGUAUGAAAUUCUGUGGUCAUUGCAUGUCAGGAUUAUGCAAUAUUUUAGAGUAGAAUUCCAAAGAGAACCCAUGUUUUUGAGAUUUACAGACCAAGGUGGGUGUGUGUGUGUGUGGCAGAGAGUAUGAAACUGCAGAUCAGAUGGACUGAGGACCUAGCCCUUGGACUUGCGGUUACUCACUACAACCUAAACCUUUGUCCUGUUUUAGUAUUUCCCUAUCACAACACAAACAGCCCUCUUGAAAGGGAUUCAUUCAUCAGUCUACACACUUGCUUUAGAUGUCUUACUGUCCUGGUGCAAAAUGCAACAUUAAAAGUGGCCUCUAAUACUUGGAAGGUUACUUAAAAUUUUUUUUUACAAAAUAUCCCACUGAAUGCCAAAUCUUUCAAUCUUCAGAAAAGCCUUUAAGUUUAAUAGUCCUGCUUUAAACAUGACUUCAAAUUAUGCCACCAAAAAUGGUGCACGUCACAGCUUCCCCAGCCUGCAGCAUCAUAAAGGCAAUUUACGGUUUUUACAGCGUUGCUUGUUCAGUCUUACUGGUUUACAUUAAAAUUCUUUAAGCCAAAAGGAAGCUCACUCUGGAUUUAAAUACAAACUUCAUUUACCGAUGCAGAAAGUCCCAUAAAACUCAGAUGUACGCCCACAAAAAAGUUACUGGCCUUUUCCUAAGAGAUGAAUAGGAACUGACAGUUCUCUUUAUGCAGGCGCACUUUUUAAAAAAUGUUUAUCUCCGACUGCAGGUGUUCUCCUUUGCCACGGCCCCUCUGUUUUUCUUUCAGUUAGUUGACUUUGAGAAGGGGAUAUUAAGUCAAAUCACUAAAACCGGGUUCUCUUUGGAUUAAAAGUUCCGGAUUUAUUGCAGCUGUUUCCCUGGACUGAAAGUCUCCACAUCGGAGUUGAGACGGGAAGGCAGACUAGGAAAAUAAUGUAAUUGGUUGAUGUUGGCAUCCUCCACCGGCCAACCCUCUGGUCAGUCUACCUGUCAAUUUCAAAUGUUGUAAUCCCCUUUGGUGUGCUUCUGGUUUUCCUUUUUUGCCACUUUCUCUUCGGUUUCUUAGUCCGUCUGUAAAGGUGUUGAGUAACACAGCGAUCAGAUGUGUUGAACGUGAAGUUCUCUCAGAGGUCCGGGAAGGUCACAGGAACCAGGAAGGAGCUGAGAAACGUGCUUUUCUGGCCCGUCAUGUGGCCCAUUGUCAUUAAUUUUCCUCAUGAAACAUGGCAGAGUUCUGAAUCCUUAGCGACUCCCACUGACUGGACUAGAGGUGACAUCCACGGCGAAUGGGAGAGCCAAAUAGUGUCCUGCAGGAAGUGGCGAGUUUUAUUACCCUUUGGUGUUAGUUGCCACAGCGCUGUAUUUGAAAACAAAUCGAUGCUUUAGCCAAACACUGAAUGGCCACCGUUUCUGCCGUUUCCACUGUUUCGUCUGCAUAGAAUUUUCCUGAACUACAAGCAAAAAUGUAUUUUGUCAAAUGUCACAAAGUGAAAAUGUUACUAAUCUUAGAUGUGUUGCAUAUUUUGUGUUUUUACUUUACGAAAUCUUUUCAAAAGCUGCGGUUAUAACGCUGUUUGGCUGUAUUGACAGCAUGUGGUGUUUUUUGCAAAAGCAGUUCUAGGAGAGCCAGCGUCUCCCACGGACUCCUCACAUCCCCACUCCAGGGUCGUCCACAAAACCGACGUGGCAGUUUGUGUGCUGGGUGUUUUUUUUUGUUUUGUUUUGUUUUUUUUUUUGCAUAAGAGAAAACGGGGAUGGAAAUCAGACCUGGCCGUUAGUCACUAGUGUGUAGUGCCGUGAUCUGAAGUAGGAAAUUUAACUCACAUAGAAAAAUUGUGGUUUUUGAAGCAGCUACUUUGAUUUUUCCUUUUGCUGUGAAAGAUCAUGGAUUUGGAAUGUUCCCACCAGGCGGGCCAAAGACAGUAACAUUGAACUCCAUGUCUUAGCACCCACCCGCCAUCUGAACCCAAAGACAGAAAAGGCAGUGAGCUUCAUGUUUAAGCCUAAGCUUAAAAUUUCUCUCCCUCGCCCCCGCCCCUAAUAUUGAGUCUGGCAGAGGCAUUUUCUUCCCCAAAAAAGCUGAAUUAUAAACUGUAUCACUGAAUUUGGUAAUGUAGUUCUUUGCAUGAAUGGAAAUGGGUGUUAAAUACUUUUACGAAAGGCAUGAUUGCAGUGAAAAUGUCCUUUGGCUUCAGAUUGCCCUGACCCCCCAGAGUAUUUCACUCUCUCAAGCAUGGUUUACAUCCAGAUUCCCAAAUUGGACAAAUUAUACGACCCCUUUAAAACUGGAUACAUCGGGGUAGGUAGCAACUUGGCUGUGGUUCUGUUGAAUCAUGAAAAGGAAACGUGCUGCUGGAGGGGAGUUUGUAAGCAGAGUGUCAUGCCUGACGACCCCGUUACUGACAUGGACGUUACAUCAGAAACGGACCUAAUAAUUCUAACACCCCUCCAUUCGCGAGCUCUGGGGAUGCUGAAGGUGGGGGCCGCCCCUUCCCAGGGCUUUCCAUUUGAGCCUCGUCAGAGGGUGACUAAAACAUUUCAAUCAGAAACACCUUCCAAGGCGUGUCCGGGAUCGGCCGCUCCCAUUCAAAACUUCUAUAUAAGAAGGUGGGGAAAAGUCCACCUGUGGGACUUUUCUGGUCAGGAAAACAGCUUUCUCCAUUCUUCAGCUGGAAUAAAGACUGGCUUAGCAUUCCCCAUCCUUCAGAAGGAUAGCUCGUGGACGCAGGCAGUCCAGGAAGUCUCCCUUAGAACUACAGCAAGUAAAUAUAAACAGCUAGAAAAAACUGGCUAAUUCUCCCGAAGCAAACUCAAAAAAAACAAAAAAAAAAAAAACCCAGAAAUUGUUGACCUCCAUUUCUGUAUGGAAGAACUUCAAAACAUUUCAUUUUGUUCUAUUUAUUUUGAGAAAGUGUGUGUGUGGGGGUGGGGAGGGUGGUUCUUUCAAGUGACUCAUAUCUCAAACCCAUUCCACUCUCAACUUUCAUUUGUGUUCAAAGCCGAAAAGAAAAGAAAAGAAAAAAAAAAAAAGCAGAACUGAACACUUAAUUUGACAUGAAGCUGGAGUGAACAAGCCAGAGGAGAGAGUUUGAAUAAAGCAUGGCCUUGGCUUCAUACCACACUUUCUGUGCCUUGUAUUAUCAAUGUAAAUUCUGAAUGUUGUACAGUAAAUACUAGGAUGGACUUCUUAGCAAAGGCUGCACUGGCUUCUUUUUCAGCACAUGUAUAUAUCUAUAAAUAUAUAUACAUAUAUAUUUGGUAAUGCCAAACAGCUGUGUUAUAUUGUAUUGAACAAAAUGGACGGUUUGGAUGUUUUAUGUAGAGUUUGCAAAAAAAAAAUUGGAUGGUUACAGACUUUUCGAGAUAAAUGUACAGACAUAAAUUACUGCGUAUCAGUUAUUUAUGAAUAAAGAGUCUUUUAUUGACAUUUUAGGAUA